AGGCAGCGGAACUGGAAGUGUCCCGGGGAUCCGGCGGAAGCGCUCGUUGUCCGGGGAGACGCGGUGGCGGCUCCCGGGGCCGGGGAUGUGGGUGAGCGUGUGGCGGCUGCUGCUGGCGCUGGCCUGGCUCGCUGCGACCCUUCCCGCAGGGGCGGCGGCGGAGCGGAGCGCGGGCGGCCCCGAGCCGGUGCGGUACCGCACGGCCGAGAUGGCGGACGCGAUGCUGGGCAGCGGGGCCCUGGCCGAGCAGCCCGUGCUGCUGUCGGCGGUGCCGGCCGAGGCGAGCGGCGGCCCGGCGGAGGUUUGCGAUGGGGCAGCCGCGGGCGAUGCGUGCGGGCCGGCGGGGAGCGACCCCGCGGCCGCCCAGGCCCGGGAGCCGCCCGUGCUGGAGGCCGUGCUGCCCGCGGCCGCUGAGGAGCAGAACGGCACCGACGGCGCCAAGGCUCCCAAGGUGAACUGCGAGGAGAGGAACACGACGGGCAUCGAGCGCUUCACGCUGCAGAUCCUGAAUGUGUCCCAGGACCUGAUGGAGUUCCUGAACCCAAACAGCAGUGACUGUACACUGGUCCUGUUCUACACACCGUGGUGCCGCUUUUCUGCCAGCCUGGCACCUCAUUUUAACUCUUUGCCCCGAGCAUUUCCCACUCUUCGCUUCCUGGCACUGGAUGCAUCCCAGCACAGCAGCUUAUCAACUAGAUUUGGAACUGUGGCUGUACCAAAUAUCCUCCUUUUCCAAGGUGCUAAACCUAUGGCUAGAUUUAAUCAUACAGAGAGAACGCUGGAAACCCUGAAAGACUUCAUCUUUAACCAGACAGGGAUAGAAGCUAAAAGCAAUGUGGCUGUGACAGAGGAGGACUGGGAAGGGCCCCUGCCCAGUGUUCUGACAAAAGGCAUAGACUGGCUGCUCCUGUUCUCUGUGCUCUUCCUGGCUGGCUUUGUCAUGUACGCCACCGUUCGCACCGAGAGCAUCCGGUGGCUCAUCCCAGGACAAGAGCACGAACAUCAGGAAUAACCUCACAUGUUCCAACAGGGACAAAAUUUUCCAGUUAUUGGUAAAGUGGGAAUUUCUAUGGACUAGAAGUACCUAAGAAUGAACUGUUGAAUUUGUUGGUUGUAAUUUAUAAUAAUGACUAAAAAUUUGCUUUAUUUAUCAACUGAAUCUGUAAGGGGCACAUUUGUGGUGAUUACAGGUAUAAGUGAACAAGUAUGAAAAAACAUGAACUAAAGUAUUUAUUAAGCUGCUCUGAUUGACUUUUUUUAAUGGACUCUUAUGUAAUUAGAGGUACAGUUCUAAUUUGUAGAUCAGGGAAGAUUUUUACAGCACAUUGGUCUGUGUGUAGAACUGCAAGGAAAAAGGGUGGUGAAGGGAGGUGUUGGUACAUUAGUUUGACUGUCCAUAAAAUGAACUAUGAAGAUGUUUUAAAUUAUUUUUCACUCCCUUGGAGGUGACUGUUCCCACCUCUGGCACUGGGGUUCAGUGCUGGUCUUCUCAUUCGCUUUGCUCUGAGUUUUGAUUUGGUAGCAGUUUUUUAUGAGAUUUAGAGUUACUUCCCAAGCUCACCUUACUAUUUCUGUGUAUGUAUACAACUUAUUUACCACAUUUCUGUUGGAUGGAAUUGUAUUGAUUGUCCUUUUUAAAAAAAUAAAUCACGGUUUUAGUGUAACCUUUUAAGUCGCUUUCUUUCAGAAGGAAAAACAUGCAAUUUCUGAACUUCAACUGACCUGCCUAAAUUAUCAAGACCAGUCUUGAUGCUUAUUUAAAUUUCUAGUACCAUGUUUGCUAGUUCCACACUCCACUUGAGGCUACAUAAAGAAUUUAUGGGUUUUUUUUUAGUUAUGAUUAGUAUGGAGGGCUUUGGAUAAGGUAUGGACUGGUAUGUUGUGUGGGGUUUGGAUUAUGUGACUGCAUAGUAUUUAUUAUGGGGGAGGCUUGCCAGAGUACCGUGAUAGGGUGCUUUAGAGAGCAAAUUAAGAUACAACAAAGACAGUCUUAAGACAUAUGUUUGACAGCUCAUAUCUGUAAACAUAAUUCUUCAUGUAUUUCUCUGCUGGCUCUAUCUUUUUGUCUGGAAAACAGAGAUCAUGUAUAUCUGUGUCCAAAAAGGAAACCCCACUGGUAAAACUUUGGUGUGACUGAAGAUAAAGCUAGGAUGGAUGUUAUUAAUAAAGAUUGUAAUGAUAAAUUGGA